ACGUACAGUUAGUUAGUGUUUCAAUAUUUAAUAAGCUUUCCAAAGAUUAUAAGUAUCGGCAAGAAACGAUGGCGUUGCUACUUUGAUCAAGCAGGCUUUGUCGUGUGUGUGUGCGUGUAUGUGAACUGUCGGCCUUCAUUAUAUGACAAGUGGAUAAGUACCUAGCAGGGUAUUAGACGAUCCCCAUCAUGUCUAACUUAGAAAAAGAGUUCAAUCGAAAAGGAGGAAGAACAAUUUCUUCCCCAGCUCCUGGAGAGGAAGUUGUGAUAUCUGGGUUUUCCGGAGAAUUUCCCGGCUCUUCAAAUUUCUACGAAUUGCACAAUAAUUUACAUAAUAAGGUGGACUUGACGAAAGGGCCAUUGAGAUGGGAUUAUUACCAUCCGGACAUUCCACCCACAGGCGGUAACAUGAAAAGAGAUCUAACACGGUUCGAUGCAGGAUUUUUUGGUUGGCAUGAAAGAUUAGCCGAUAACAGCGACGGCUUAGUCAAACUUACCGUCGAAAAAGCAGUAGAGGCAGUCAUGGAUGCUGGAUUGCACCCUGAAGACUUGCAAAAUGAGAGAUGCGGAAUUUUUGUAGGAGCUUGUUUCAGCGAAACUGAGACCAAUGCCUACCUGGUUUAUACACAACCGGAAUAUCCGUUGAUUGGAUAUAUGCGAAAUCAAAUAGCUCACAGAAUAGGUUACUAUAUGAAGCUGAAAGGACCAUCGUUCACUUCAGACACAGCAUGUAGCAGUUCCUUGACCGCUUUUGAAACCGCUUUCAAGGCCAUCAGAUUAGGAGUGGUUGACAGUGCUAUUGUUGCUGGUGUGAACAUGAACAUCGAUCCUCUGGUUACCUUGCAGUUUGCUUGGUUAGGUCCACUGAGCAAAGACGCUACGUGUCGUCCAUUUGACAAGAGCAACAAUGGUUACGUUCGAUCAGAGACAGCAAGCGUCUUGCUGUUACAGAAGGCUAAGGAUGCCAAGAGGAUUUAUGGACAAGUCGUCUAUUCCAGCGUUAAUACAGAUGGCCACAAAGAACAGGGAAUCACAUACCCUUCCAUGGAUGCUCAAAAAAUAUUAUUGGAAGAAUUUUAUGAUCACUGUGGGGUAUCCGUGGAUAAAAUAGGCUACAUGGAAGCUCAUGGAACAGGUACUAGCAUUGGAGAUCCUGUAGAAUGCGCCGCUAUCGACGGAGCCAUAACGCAGUACAGAAAAGAGCCCCUUCUGGUUGGUUCUGUGAAAUCAAAUAUCGGACACGCUGAAGGUGCAUCUGGCAUGGGUUCUCUCGCAAAGGUAGUUCUUGCACUAGAAACUGGGAUAAUUCCACCCAACAUCAACUUCAAUGCACCAAACCCCAAAAUCCCAGCACUUAUUGAAGGAAGGCUUCAAGUUGUUACAGAACCGAAACCGUUGCCAACGGAUUACGUCUGUCUUAGUAGUUUUGGAUUUGGAGGUUCUAAUUGUCAUAUACUGCUUAAACGGAACCCAAAAGCCAAAGGCAAUGGUAAAAUAUCAGGCGACAAUGUCCCUAGACUGGUGUGUGUCAGUAGCAGGACUGCAGACGGUGUGACUGAGCUUCUGCAGCCUUUCAGGAACCAUACAUUGGACGUAGAGCACGUUAGGCUUCUUCAUGACAUAUUCAGGAAGGAUAUACCUGGGCACUUGUAUAGAGGGUACUCCAUCGCAUCAAAAUCUGGAGAAGUGCAUAGGCAACUAGCAUGCAUAAAAAAGUAUUCCCCAUUACACAUUUAUUUCAGCGAACUCACCAACUGGUACGAUAUAACCAUUAAGUUGAUGCAACUGCUGCCAUUUGCCGACUCUAUUCAAAGAUCUCAGAAUUAUCUAUCCAAGCAGAUCAACCUAAGCGAUUUCAAUAAUACUUCGAAGGCCCACCAGUACCAAAUCAUCGGCAACGUCGCACUGCAAAUUGGUAUCAUUGAUCUACUUAAUGCUAUAGAAUUCAAACCAAAUAAGUACUAUGGCUAUUCUUAUGCCCAAUUGGUAUCACUAUACGCUGAAGGAAAGCUUAACAAGGAGCAAACACUGGAUUGUGCAGUUUCUCUAAGCAAUAUUCUCAAUAGCUGUGAUAAAAAAAGUAAUGGCUAUGGGGAACCACACAUGACAAACGGAAACGGUGUUGCCAACAGCGACAGUUACUAUGAAUCUGACGCUGAAGGUCUAGCUGCUGCUUUGAAAAACAACAGGAUACAAAGGAGUAAAUUAGCCGAAGAAUUAGCAGCUAUAAUUUCAUCGAAAAAUUCAGUUGUGGAUAAGCUGAUAGAAAGUAUAACAAAUUCAGUUUCACACACACCAGAUAUACAUCCAGAUGACGUACUGAUAACAUUCGGAAGGGUACCUUCAUAUUGCAUACCAGACGACGUGACACUAUAUACUUAUAAUCCGCCUACUAGUCAGAAUGUGCUGAAUGAUUUUCUGAAACUUUUAGGAAACAUUUAUAUUGCCGGACAUAAUGCGAAAUUAGAUAAAUUGUAUCCAUGUGUUGAGUAUCCAGUCUCUAGGAAUACCAGAAUGAUUUCGCCAUACAUAAGAUGGAAGCACGAUAGAAUUUACUACGUGCAAACGCAUUACAAUACUACCGACUCUGCAAUAAGGGGUAUAAGGAACGUCAAAAUUGGAAUUCAUGAUUUGGAAUGGUCUUACAUCACCGGCCACGUGAUAGAUGGUAGGAACUUGUUCCCAGCUACAGGGUAUCUUUACCUGGCUUGGCAAACGCUAGCUUUAAUGAACAAUGCCGAAGUAUUUAUGAUGGACGUCAUCUUCCAGGAUUGCCGAUUUCAUAGAGCAACAUCGAUUCCAUCUAAAGGCGAGCUAUCUUUUUUCAUAACUAUCUACGAAUCAGGACAAUUUGAGGUGAUGGAGAGUAAUGUUGCUGUUGUUACGGGCAGGAUAUUGCUGCAAAAUAAAGAAGAACCACCGAUUGACCAUACCGAUUUUCGUGUUCAAAACGUUAUGAAACUGCAUGAUGUUUACAAGGAACUUAAACUGCGGGGAUACAACUACACAGGCAGCUUCCGGCACAUACAGGACUAUGACUUAAAAAACAACAGAGGACACAUCAGAUGGAAUGAUAAUUGGGUCACAUUUAUGGAUAACAUGCUCCAGAUGAAAAUUUUGGCAACUGACACACGAUUGCUGUAUGUCCCAACGUACAUCCAGGAAGUUAGAUUGCCUGCUAAGGCACAUAUUUCAUGGAUUUCACAGAAUUAUGGCAGUCACAAACUGGAAAAUGACUUGCCCGUUUAUUACAAUGAUUAUAGCAAUACUAUAAGUUGUGGACAUAUCAAAAUUCAAGGACUAAUGUCUAGUUCAAUUACAAGGAAGAGGGAUAUGAGAGUACCGGUUCUAGAGAAAUACAUAUUCGUCCCAAAUGAAGCACUUCUCACAAUAGAGGAGUCCGUAAGGGUGAAUAUUCAGAUAAUCCUAGAGAACUGCUUGAUAACUAAAGUAAAAAGUGUUGAAAUAGUCGAUAAAUUUACGCCUACAAGCAAUAAGCCGUUGUCUCCUAUUGUGCUUACUGUAUUGGAGGAUCAACCCAUGAUCCAACCAAAUGUCACUAUACUGAGCAAAACUCCCAUAGAAGAAGUAAAUGUCCCUGUUGUAGACAAGGUGCUGAGCAUCGAAACUGAUUGUACGCUAAUUGUGACUUCGAAGCUUUCACAGAGACCAGAGCUAUUGCUAGAUAUUUAUAUAUCUCUAAAAGAAAACGGUUUCAUAAUCAACAGGGAAGAACUAAACUACGACGUGUCGAAGGAGCCAUUCGAAAACCUAGAUAUUUGCACUAUCCAUAGGACCAAGGAUGAACUACUAGUACUAUAUAGACGAAAGCUACCCCAAAAACCAGUAAAUGUUAUGGAAAUACCGAGCCAAGAUGAAUCUUUCUCAUGGAUAACACAACUACAGGAGCUCCACAAAUCCAGGAACAUGGAAGAUAUAGUAUUAUAUUCGGAAAAAGAUUCCACUAGUGGUAUUUUAGGUUUGGUAAAUUGCUUAAGGAGGGAGCCAGAAACCAGAAAUGUUCGCUGUGUAUUCCUUAUGGAUGAAUCGGAUCAUUUUGAUAUAAACGAUGUUGACCUGCAAAGACAGCUUAAUAAAAGCUUGGCCAUAAAUGUGAAGAAAGGUGGUAGGUGGGGCACAUACAGGCAUAUGCUAAUAAAGCGGGAAAGAUUCGUUGAAGCAGAACAUUGCGUGGCCAACGUAAUGGUUAGAGGAGACUUGACUAGCUUCAGAUGGACAGAAGGAUCUUUGACAAGUGAUAUGCCACUACCUUUGGAAAAGAAUUUGGUUUAUGUAUACUACUCGGCUUUGAACUUCAAAGAUGUAAUGCUGGCUACGGGAAAACUUAAUGUCGACAUUGUAAAAAGCAGAGUGGAUCAAGAAAAUGUUUUAGGUCUUGAGUACUCUGGAAUAGACUAUAGAGGAAACCGAGUCAUGGGAUUAGCGGUAUCUGGCGCUAUUAGUACUAUGAUUUCAUCGGACGCAUACUUGAUAUGGAAGGUUCCUGAUUACAUGAGUUUAGAAGAAGCAGCUACAGGUUCCAACCGUAUACGGUACGCUCGCCUACGGUUUAUUGUAUAA